AGAAGAAGAAGAAAGAAGAAUUUGCGCUCUCAGUCGGUAAAUGUUCAGCGUGUUCAACAUAAUUCAUCUGUUUGUGUUGUUUUGUUCAGAUUUUCAUCAUGAGAGAGUUGAAUAAAGAAGUGAUGAAGACCAAACCGAUGGAGAGAGACAGUUUACAGGUUAAACAUUCAUUAUCGUGACAGUAAUCAGGGUGAUCAAACCUCCACAGAGUCUCUGACUUCUGUCUGUAACGCUGGAGAACAGCAGAUGCUGCAGACACCAGUGAAGAUUGAAGUGAAACCGGAGGAGAUAAAAGAAGAAAACACAGCAGAAGAACCGCAAACAUUAGUGAAGCUUGAAUUGAAACAGGAGGAGAUAAAAGAAAACACAGCAGAGGAACAACAGAGAACUGAUGAUGAUGAACAGCAGAUGCUGCAGACACCAGUGAAGAUUGAAGUGAAACCGGAGGAGAUAAAAGAAAACACAGCAGAGGAACAACAGAGAACUGAUGAAGGUGAUGAUGAUGAUGAUGAUGAACAGCAGAUGUUGCAGACAUCAGUGAAGAUUGAAGUGAAACCGGAGGAGAUAAAAGAAAACGCAGCAGAGGAACAACAGAGAACUGAUGAAGAUGAUGAUGAUGAUGAACAGCAGAUGUUGCAGACACCAGUGAAGAUGUGUUCAGUGAAGUUGGUCGACUGCAGAAACCUGAUCAAGAUGAGGAGAAACCACAACAGAUGAACAAGAGAGUGAUGAUGAUGUCAUUCAUUCGGGUGAGGGAGCUCUUCAGAUGGACCUGGAUAGUGACGAAGAGUUCACAUUAUCCUCCGAAGAAGAGCAGGACUCCGAAGAAGAACGUUUGCAUUUUAAAGAGCGACUUGAUCCAGCCGAGGAUGCAAUUUUGGACGACUAUAAUAAUGAUAGUGAUCAGUCACCUGUUGCAAAGAGGGCCAAGAGAAUCAUUCAGGCGAGCAACAGGCAAUCCACUCUGUCAUGGAAAAAAGAGAAUGAUAUUGACAUGGUUCCACAGACUCUGAGAUUCCUGCCUGCGCGGGAACCUGGACCACAGCUGAGUCCUGCUGAUGCGCACACUCCACAGAGUCUCUUCAAAAAGUUUUUUUCUGAGAAUGCAGUGUUAACUCUGUGCCACAACACCAAUGCUCAAGCUGCCAGGUCAAAAGCAAUGGGCCGCAAAUAUAAGUGGAUAGAUGUCAGCAUCAGUGAGAUGUACGGCUACAUUGGCCUGCUGUUUUACAUGGCCAUGGUAAAGGUGAGAAACAUCAAAGACUACUGGCGGAAAGACAAUGUUUUCUCUGUGCCUUUUCCUGUCACAGUCAUGUCAAGAGAAAGAUUUCGCACCAUUUCAUGGAAUGUGCAGAUGAGUCACCCAGAUGCAGAUAAAGAAAAUGACAGAAAAAGGGGCACAGAUGAAUAUGACCAUCUUUUCAGAGUCAAACCUCUCAUGGACUCUAUCCGUCACACUUGUAAAGCCAUCUAUCAUCCUAGAAGAAAUUUAGCUCUGGAUGAAAGAAUGGUGAUAUAUAAAGCAAACCUAGGAAAGACAUCGUACACGAAAGCCAAGCCACCCACGUGGGGCUUCAAGGUGUUUGCCCUUGCUGAUUCAUCAAAUGGAUACACUGUGGACUUUUCUGUGUACAUAGGAAAAAACGACUUUCCCAUAGGCCAUGGAAUAUCAUAUGAUGUUGUGACAUCUCUUAUGGACUGUACAUUUUUAGGCUCUGGGUACCAUGUGUACAUGAACCAUUUCUUCACGAGUCCAAAGCUCCUGACAGACUUGUUUGCCAUGAAGAUUGGUGCUUGUGGGACUUACAUAGACUCUAGGAAUGACUUCCCACGGGAUGCAACUAAUUCACUCUCCAAAAAAUCUGCUAGGGGAUCCAUCAGGUGGAUACGGGAUGGACCUCUUUUAUUUGUGAAGUGGAUGGACACACGAGAGGUAUCUGUCUGUUCUACUAUCCAUUCUGCUUAUACAGGCGAGACUGUGCAGAGGAAGGUGAAAUCACAAGAUACAUGGAGGACAAAGACAUUUCCAUGUCCUGACCCUGUGACUGCCUACAACCAACACAUGAGGGGCAUUGACCUGUCUGAUCAGCUGUUACAUGGAUCUGUUACGCAACAAAAAACCAUGAUGUGGUACAGGAAGAUCUUUCUACACUUAUUGGACAUCGCUUCCACCAAUGCUUUCAUUAUGCACAAAGAGCUAUGUGGUAACAUGACCCACAAUGAGUUCAUGGAACAGCUUAUUGCAGAGCUCUGUGGUGUGUCACCGAAAGUAGCACCAAAACAGACCAGAAGUGACCAUGUACCGGUAGUUCUGCAGACAUCAAGUGUAAAGAAGAAUGCCUCAAUUGGUCGCCGUGUUUGCAUGUUUUGCAAAGUACAGAAUGGUAAAAGGCAGGCCACAUCUUGGAAAUGCCUGGCAUGUGAUGUUCACUUGUGUCUUCAUUUGAACAGGAACUGUUUUCAAAAAUGGCACACAGCCAUAUAACUGUUUUCUCAAGUCUGUGUGCUGUGAACUGCUCUUCAAAGUUUACAAUACUAUGUGAGCGAGUAUCUUACCGAUCUAAAGCUUUUAAAAGGUAGUGGAGGUCUAAAGUUUUUAAGUAAAGUCUUUGUGUAAAGAACAUGUUUAUUCAGAUUACUACUUUCAAGAUUCUUCUUGAUUUUGUGAAUAAGCUAAAACAAUACAUUAAAUCAUUUAGUCUCCUCACAUUCAUUCUCUGUCACAUUCCUCAUUGAUGGGUCCAGGGGAGGGAUCUUUUGUCUCAGGUGUGAAUCACCUCAAUAUUCAUGAUCAUUCACACCACCUCACAUAUGGCCCUUCUAACACUCAGUGUCUUACAAAAGUUAAAUGACUUGUUUUGUGUGAAUGAGUGAUCAGGAUGGUUUUCAAGUCAAGUGGAGCUAGAUUAAUAUGGGCAGUUUGUUCAAUUUGUAGCAAAAACUCCAAGCUACAAGAUCCAGUAAUGUGUUUUUAAGCAACUGAAAAAAGAAACCAAUGCAAGGCAUGUCAACUUCUCCAGGGCCCAAAAACACCAUCAGACCCCAGAGGGUUAAAGUGUUUUCUGAAGUGUACAUGUGCGCAUGUGAUACAGUGUGUUUCAAGCGUGAGUGAAUUUGCACUGGGUUUACAGAUGAUUGUACUAGAUUAAACCGUAUAUAAACUGAAUAUAAUGCCAAGUGUCCUAUACAUUUUAAGUGUCCUUAAAAAUCAUAUUUCAAUAAAAUAGUCAAAGAUUAAUUGAUUAUCAAAAUAAUCGUUAGUUGCAGCUCUAGUUCAAUUACUGUUAAUAAUAACUUGAACGGAAAAUAGGGCUGGGCGAUACGUAAAAAAUAUAUUCCCGGUAAUCACCUUAAAAAAGCAAAUUAACAGUUAAAUUUAACAUAUACAAACCUAGAGAAGCAGAAGACACAUGUGAAGAUACAUUUGGAUUUAUAUUCUGCAUUUAACACCAUCCAACUGCACAUUUUAGCAAAGAGACUAGAAACACGGUUAACAAGAGAAUUAUGCUAUGGAUACCUGAUUUCUUAAGCUAAAGGGCCCAACAGAUAGGACAGUAUCUCUUUGAGAAAAUUAUCCCUAGUGUAAUAUCUGUACUCAAUAAUGUGCAGUAAUAUUGAGCUUUUCUUAUGUUGUUUUGUGCUGUUGUUUUUUUAUGAUGUCUGUGGUGUGAGUAUUGAGAACUGUCA